UAGCCGGGAAAUCCACUCAUCGAUCGCCCGCCAGGCACCAGCCAAGCAAAUACUCUAUGCCAGCGUUUACUGUAUACUGGCUUCAUAUAUUGAAUCCCCUUCCUUGUACGAGUUCCCAUAACCUUCAGCAGCGAAUGCGAAACUCCCCAAUAUCACACACAAUCCUUUUCUUCUGCACCAUGGCAAGCAUCGCGUAGCUCCAACCAUCCAGAAUCAUGGGCAUGGCGUCGUAGGCAAUAAUCCCAACCACGAAACCAAAGAGGAGGAGAGUCCUGAGCAGCUGAGCUCUAUCUUGUCUCGAUACGCCAGCCACAAGUGUCUGUCUCAGCCGGCCGGCAAUGAGAGUCUCCGCUGACGGCACCGCCUUGCCGUGCUUGCAUGGCCACGGAGGCAAGGCAGCCUGCGCUCUCGCCGUCUGCGUCGCGUUCUUGACCUUCCUGGUGGUCGCCUUGGAUCCCAGGACUCGAGCUUCGUCAUGGCUCCUUUCUUCUUCCCCUCCGGCCGUUUUCUCCCCAACCUUGGAGAAGCCAAGCUCGAGAGGCAGCAGCAACGGAGGCGGCCCUCUCUUGGUCACCUCUAGCUCCGGCGCCGCAGGCAAGAAGAAGAACAGCAAUGGGAAAGAAGUCCUGUUCCGGGCCUUCGCCGUCAACGCUACUUCCUGGCCCGGCGACGUCCACGGCGCAACGCCUGAUUACGUCUCCGUCGCGGCGCCGGCUCCUUCCCCCGCUACGCAGGAAAGUGGGCUUGGCGAUGCAGCUAACUCAGAUGGCGUUAUUCAAGUUAUACCACAAAUUCAUAGAGAGAGGGAUGCAAAAUUGCAUAGGUUAGAACUUGGUCUGGCGAAAGCCCGGUCAACGAUAAUGGAAGCUAGCCAUAACAAGGACAAUCGGCCUCCACUGACUGACAAAGAUUAUGUCCCGGUUGGACCUGUGUACAGGAAUGCCAAUGCAUUUCACAGGAGCUACUUGGAGAUGGAAAAGCUGUUCAAGAUCUACGUGUAUGACGAAGGCGAGCCACCGAUUUACCACGACGGGCCGUGCCACAACAUAUACUCGACGGAGGGCCGGUUCAUACACGCCAUGGAGAUGGAGAACCGGAUGCGCACGACGGACCCUGGCCUUGCCCACGUCUUCUUCCUCCCGUUCAGCAUCGCCAAGAUGGAGAAGACCAUCUACGUGCCCGGCUCGCACACCAUGGAGCCGCUGCGGCGCACCGUGUUUGACUACAUCGACGUGCUGUCGACCAAGCACCCCUACUGGAACCGGAGCCAGGGCGCCGAUCACUUCAUGCUCUCCUGCCACGACUGGGGGCCUUACGUGUCGUCGGUGGACGGCAAUCUCUUCUCAAACUCCAUCCGGGUGCUGUGCAACGCCAACACGUCGGAGGGAUUCAUCCCGUCCAAGGACGUGUCGCUGCCGGAGAUCAACCACCUGAACGACUUCAAGAAGGACAUCGGCGGGCCGUCGGCGUCGGGCCGGCCCAUCCUGGCCUUCUUCGCGGGCGGCAACCACGGGCCGGUCCGGCCGCUGCUGCUGAAGCACUGGAAGGGGAAAGACCCGGACGUGCAAGUGAGCGAGUACCUCCCCGCCGGGGUGUCCUACGUCGAGACGAUGCGCCGUAGCAAGUUCUGCCUUUGCCCGAGCGGGUUCGAGGUGGCGAGCCCCAGGGUGGCGGAGGCCAUCUACGUGGAGUGCGUGCCCGUGGUGAUCGCCGACGACUACGUGCUGCCCUUCAGCGACGUGCUCAGCUGGCCGGCAUUCUCGCUGCGGGUGGCCGUGAGGGACAUCCCGGACAUCAAGAGGAUCCUGUCCGCCGUGUCGCCGCGGCGGUACAUCCGGAUGCAGCGCCGUGUCAGGGCCGUGCGCCGCCACUUCAUGCUCAAUGGCGUCCCGCAGCGGUACGACGUCUUCCACAUGAUCCUGCACUCCAUAUGGCUCAGGAGGCUCAACGUCAGGAUCCAUGAGGACCACGUCGUAGGAGACUGAAUUUAGGAGUGACAGACGCUAGCUUUUGGUUUCCUGAUGAUGGAAACUUAUUACAGGAGUAAACGGGUUCUCUUUUGUAGAUUUUGAUAGGCGGUGGAGAAACUCUGAAACUGCAUCUUGGAAAUGCGAAGAGAAAAUUACUUAAAAUCA